AUGUCCAUGCGAAAAAUCUGGUUGAGAAGGAACCAACUGAUUUUUGAAGAACAAUUUACAGGGCCAAAGAGUGUGAUCAGUCAGGCUAUUGAAGACUUGGAGGAAUACAGAGAAGCUCAAAGGGUGGGAGAGGUUAAUAGGUUGUCAGUUAUAGCAGGUGGUAGAGAAGUAAAAUGGAAGAGGCCUGGAGAAAAUAUAGUGAAAAUUAACUGGGAUGUAGCUUUUGAUAAAAAAUCUCUAAAGAUAGGAGCUGGUGUGGUGAUAAGGGAUGAGGAAGGGGAAGUCCUUACAUGCUUAUGUAUGCCUAGAACUAAUAUUUACAGUCCAAUAGUUGUUGAAUUACAAGAGUUGUGGCGAGCUGUCAAUGUAUGUACUGAGCUGAGGUUUAUAAAUGUUGAAUUUGAGUGUGAUGCCCUGACCAUAGUAAAUGCUGUAAAUAAUAUAGAUGAAAACUGGGCUUGGUAUGGACAACUAAUAGAAGAUUUGAGAAGUAUGUUUUCUGGUGUAAGUAUUUGGAAGUUGCAACACAUAUAUAGAGAAGGAAAUAAGGUGGCACAUAGCCUGGCCAAGAAAGCAAUUGGUUUAGAUGAGGAAUUAGUUUGGACGGAAGAUUAUCUAGAAGAGGUGUUUUCUCAUGUAUUCUUUGACAAAUCUGUAACAAGUGAUUAUAGUGAAUGA